CUGCUUUUCUGCUAGCAACCUCAGAUGCUAGAUAUGCUGUGGCAAUGUCUCAGACAACCACAGAGAGAGAGAGUAAGUGAGGGAACUGCAUGUGUGCUAAUGAACUAGAAGAAAACUACAGGAACUGACAGUUGGAGGUGGGUGAACCAUAUUCACGAUCACUCACACUGUGACACGCUAAACUACAAUGGAUCAAGAGACAGACUACGCUCCCCUGGGAGCAUCAGGGGGGACAUCGCCACCUGCACUGCCCAUCAAACAGCGCAGGAGCAGCUCUUCUUCAAGCUCCGUCCAGGAUCUAGAGCUGAAGGUGGGAAAUCUACUCUUGCCUGGACCACAGACCCCUGUUUCUCCAUUUGCUGAAGUGUUUACUCCUACUUACUGUAAUGCAGUCCAUUGUCCAAUACAUCAUCGCUAUGAAAAUCACCAGGCAAGAUUCUUCUCAGUUGAAACUCCUCCUCCAAUACCCAAAAAGAGCCUGACUAGAACCCUAUCCCUCCCAGAGCAGUCUCUGGAUCCACCUAACCACAAUCAUACAAGAACCAGCAACUAUGAAAAUCCGCUAUACAUGAUAAUACCAUUCCACAACAUACUUACACUACAAGAGGAAGAGCUACAAGAGGAGAUAUAUGACGGUCUGUCCUUUAACAAGGUGACUUUUGAUACACCAGACGAGCACCUUCGAAGUGUCUUCAGAAACUUCCAGAGUCAUGAGCAUGUUUUCAUGGGUAUACAAGAAUGUUAUCUUCAGUUUCUCAAGAGCACGUUGCAGAAUGUUGAACUGAGCGUCUUCCUAAAUGAACAGGAAAUGGAGACGGCAAAGACUUCUCAGCCUAAUGACUUUAUUUUGUGUGAGCAGCAGUGGACUGAGAAGGUUGGUUUCUACUCGGUGCGUUGUCUAAAAGUUCCUGGGAGAGUGUUUUCAGUGAAGGUUCACAGAGGGGAUUCAGUACCAGACUGCACUAUGUCCAUGCCGCAUCCUAAUAUUGAGCAAGGAUUAGUCCAUUUUCCAAUAGCUACUGAUCAAACUUCCACCUCACAGCAUGCUCCGACAACUCCAGAGCCUUCGCAUGGGGACACAUGCCAACAGCAAACAGUUGCUGAUCUUUUGGAGAAAGGUGUUAGUGUGACUGUGGUAAGAGACUUUUCAUUGGGAACACUGGAGGACUUUGUCGAGGAAGGACACUGUUUGCACUCCACCCUUCCUGAGGUCUAUGAGAGGAGGCUUUGUCUUCUUGCCCUCCAGUUGGUGCUAGGACUACAGCAACUGGGACAUGUUAAAGUCAUUCACAGGGAAUUGAAACCACAGAGUGUGACAUUAGUGUGGCCUAGUAUCAUGCGCAAAGAGGCUGACUCUAACAAUCACCCUGGUGAGAUGAUAAGGGGAAGCAUGAAUACAGACGCUUCUACAGGUAUAUCUAUAAUCACAGCAUCCAACGAGCAUGCAGACAACAAAAGGAUAAAAAAUGAGAUUUGUCAAACCUUAUGGGAGAAGUGGGGCACACCUCGUUUGGUCCUGAAGAGUCAUUUCGAGAAUGAGGUUUUGCAAGAAGCAAAAUCCCAAGAGUUCCAGUUGGGGACUUUGCUGAGGUACUGUCUACAUCUUAAUGACAGUUGCUCAUCUGUGUGGAAGAUGCCUCAAGACACCCCAUACACUCCAGGCCUGCUGUGGUUGGUCACCCAGCUUACAUCUGAGAAACCUGGGCUUCUAUUAGACGAAGUGGUGGGUGUCUUCCAGGCCUUGCUUUGGGGUCCUCGACAGGGACUCUUUCAGCAGAACCAAAUCGAGAAUUCUGUGCUUUCUAAUUGGUUGCUGCUUAAGCGCUCUCUUCUGGUUCUCAAGCUUGCCGAAAAAGGAUUUUUUCAGGAUCAGCCUGGCUUGGACUGGGAAGACUACCUCUGUCUGCAAUAUCUUUGCCUUAUAGACACAGAGACUAUGCGUAGCAUAACUGAACGUAUGGGCCUUCAUGAUUUCAUUACUUCUUAAGUUGAUGAGCCUCAGAUGUAACUAAUCUAUACUGUGUAACAUCACUGGUUUGAUCUAAAUAACAGUUUUACAAUCUCAAAAACAGGCCACCUUGUCCCGUAUUUGUAAUUUAUAAUCAUGAGCUGCUGUAUACACAGAAAAUUAAGAAAUUGUCCAUUAUUUGAAUUGGGGCCAAGUUUGAUUUUGUUCCCUUGUUUUUUGGUAAAUCAUUGCCAUGUUGUACUAAAUUAGUUUUUAGGUAUGUUGCCACAAUUUAAAGAACAAAUUCUUAAUUUGUGGCCAUAAUACACCUUUUCUUUUGCCUUUGUUGUGGCAUUCAAUGUCCAUACACAUACAUCACUACGCUUUCCUUGUUUCCUCCGAUUAUUCAUGCUACAAAAUUUGUAUUGCUGUAAAACACGGUUACAUUUAAACUGCUUUAUAUUCAGAGAAGUCAUGUUACUCUCAUUUAGAGUGAAUACCUAUGCAAUAUAAGCCAUGUAUUAUUGCAAAAUCAGCUUAUUGUUGGAGUUCGACCUUGUGGCGUUUACUUAUUAAUACCUGGAAAGAUUACGAAACAGUCAACAGGGUUGAAAAAAAAAAAAAAAAAAGCAGCAAUAAAAAAAAACUGUUAAAAUUCCAGCAAGACGGUCCAAUCAUUUAAAUUACUUGCGGAAAUUAAUAGAUGGCAAAAACGAAGGUAGUGGUAUAAGGUGAGCAUUUUUAUUCUGCACACUGUCAAACAUGCAGACAGAUCCUAUUGAAGUCAUAACUAAAAACUUCAAUUCAUGCACACAUUAAGAAAACAACUUGAAGACACUGGUAAAAAGAAAAAACAUCAGCAAUGAAAUCCAUGAUUCUACAAACAUUGAGGGAUUUUAACCAUAAAUAUUAUGCACUUAAAAGGAUCAGUGUGGGAAUGGGUGAAGGGGAAUCAGCAAAGAAUCCAAUUACAUUGGAAGGUAAGCCUAGUGGUAAUGGCUUAAAAAAAGCGAAUGGUCACUGUGGAAAAUUUGGUUUACACUAGUGCAAAUAUGACAGGAGAGGAAAAAACAAAAACAAAAAGCACAACCCUUACAAGAACUACAGCGUAGUAAUUAACAGGAAAAACAAAACUAUUCAAAAUUUGACAUUCAUACUAGGUUUCUUUUAAUGGUGACCAUGUUGAGUGAGAUACAGCAUGACAAUUAGAAGCAAGAUGUGAUUGAUAAGCUUUAUUCGUCACUAUCGGAGUCUCUUUCGAUGCUGUAAGCCAUGAAGAAAGCGUCGGGGCGGGUUGGGACGAGGGGAUGA